AUGUCGACUAUUCUUCGUACGCUGCGCAACUUGCGGCGUAUUGGCUUCAAGGAAUAUGGCCACCAGAUGAACGUAUGUGACACCAAGGCCGGUACCUUGAUUGGCACUGAUCGUUACGGAAACAAGUUCUACGAGAACAUGGAGGAAGAGCUUCCUCUCCGUACGCGCUGGGUGGAUUACAAGGAGCAUGAAUACGACCCUUCUCAGAUCGAGCCCGGAUGGCACGCUUGGAUCUCCUACAUGGUCGAUGCCCCCCCUACAGUAGACAGGGCCCUGCAGACUGGCGUCCGCGCUUGGGAGCUGCCUGAACACAGACCCACCCUGACCCUGAGCCGCGCUGCUUUCAAGACCUACUCGACCACCCGCCCUAAGUACUCUGCUUGGACCCCCGUUGCGGCUCCCCGGUAG